AGCAGCUUCAUAAUGUGUUCGUUCUCCUAGGAGCGAAAAUCGAGGGCUUUGACAGACCUACUCAAUGAAUGUGGAGCCGUGCGAUACGAAAACGAGAGAAUUUCCUUGGAUAAAGUGGCCACUCGAUGUUUGCGGAAUUUUUCUACUGCUUCUAGCCUGCAGAUACCUACUUUGAGACGACCAAUUUUCACACUCCAGUACCACUUGCGGUCGGACCCAACAGCUGUGCCCUGCUGGAGCGAUAAAGUAUUACACAACAAAUACACGGGCAAAGAUUUUCCAUCGUGCAAGAAAAAGAAUAGAAGUUCCCUAGACCUGCUGCUUUAAACUACAAUUGGAGCAGCUGCAGCACUCAGUAGCGCCUCAGAGACAGCAGGAUGGCACAAAGGAGGAUCGCAAAGGAACUUCAGGAUCUGGGAAAGGACCCUCCAGCAUCUUGCAGCGCCGGGCCAGUGGGGGAUGACAUCUUUGCGUGGCAAGCGACGAUAAUGGGGCCGCCGGACUCGCCAUACGCAGGCGGCGUUUUCUUCCUCAAUAUCGCGUUUCCAACCGACUACCCCUUCAAGCCGCCGAAGGUGAGCUUCGUCACCAAAAUCUACCACUGCAACGUCCAUACGAAUGGUACGAUAGUACUUAUUAGUGUUUCAUCGUUUAAUAUUCCAGAUCUAUUGGCUGAAAUUAAAAUUUGCUUUUUUAUUGCGAGACACUGCAUUGUCUUAUUUGUCGCAUGAUUCAUUCGUGAUUUGAACUUCGUUUUUAUUGGUACGUGCGAAAGUCAUCAUGUCGUUGCCGCGAAAAACAAAAAUGACGACAUCAAAACAGGGUCCAUUUGUUUGGACAUUUUGAAGGACCAGUGGUCGCCAGCGCUGACGAUCUCCAAAGUGCUGUUGUCGAUUUCGUCAUUGCUCUGCGAUCCGAAUCCGAACGACCCCUUUGUUCCAGAGAUCGCGCAAUUGUACAUCAAGGACCGGUAUCAAGUGCAAAAAUGUCUGGGUCUAGAAGAUUCUGAGACUUGUCAUGCAGUUUUUCCAAGCUUCGCCAAGUCUGGAAUGCAGGGCCUGGCAUCACAGGCUCUGCCGCCCCUUGGUGAUGCCUAUUCUGCAUGAGAAAUGCCCUCUCAGAAUGGCCAGAGCUGGGGACUUCUUGCAAGUCAUGCAACACAGAUUUUUGUAUGAUCCGCAACACGCAUCACAAGUUCGCAUCCUUCCAGACCCAGACAUUUUUGCAAUUGAUAACCGAAAGAAACACGACACGCACGCACGGGAGUGGACGCAAAAAUACGGAGCUGCAUGAUGAACAACCCGCGACGCAGGGAUGGAAUAUCUAGGGUCAUCGUUUGCCGAUCAUCGUUUUCAUCGUGUCGUACUAACUUGUAGACGGAACUAGUUUUGCUUUUAAUUUUGAACUUUUGGUUGUUAUGAUUUUCAUUUUGCUGCAAGACCGAAUGAAGAAAAGUAGCUCGCCAAUGAUCAAGUUUUGCGCAGCUGAAGUAGUACAGAGUACAAUUAUUAAUAUGAGUCACAGUUGUCAGUAGUUGUAUAAACCUCUCCUGCUAGUAGCAACAGCAUCGCUAGUGAGGUGGAGGUGGAUAAGUAAAUACGGUCACUACUUUGGAAAUUUUGAAUUCAUGUGACUAUGGCAUUAAGAAGCUUUUCCUAAUAUUUUGUUUCCAUUCAUCGUUUUGUUUUGUUUCAGCACUUGGAAGACGGGCUUGCAUGUGUGAAGAUUUACUUGAUUGCAAGUUCGUCGUGAUCUUCCGAAGGAGGAUGUGUUUAGAAAAUGCCAGAAAAUUUUGGAACUUUCUUUAUACCCCCGAAUGAUUCUUUAUUGCAACUUCACGUCGAGUUUUCGACCAUGAAAGCGAGAACAGAAACACGCAGGUGAAAACACGUGUCACCUCGCGGAAUUGUGGAGGUUUUUCUUGCCACAGCUGAUGUCCCCUUCUGAGAACAUGAGAGCGUGAAGCCAUUGCCACGAUGAACCUAUGACGAGAGUGAGGACAAAGACAAAAGUGAUUUUGUUUGAUGUUGAUUUUUAGGUUCAGGUAUAUGCUCUUUGG